CCGAAGAUGUUGAAGUUAUGUCUACAGAUUCCUCGAGUAGUUCGUCCAGUGAUUCUCAAUAAAUAUUCGACGGACGUCGUCAUCUGCAUCCCUUGAACGCACAAAAAGGUUUGACAAAUCUGUCCACAAACAAACACACGAGAGUUUGAAGUCAACCCAACCCAACCCAAGCGCGCGUUUCGUUUUGUUCCGUUUGACGUUUCGAAGCUUCCGUAUGACAGCUGUUACGUCACGCAUGCGCGAGAGACGUCAGUCACGCUUCAGCUGCUCUUGUAUAACAAAUAACAACACCGGUGAGCGCGGAUGCGUAUUUUGACAGACGUCUCUCCCGUUGAAUCUCGUGACCGAAACUCUUCGCGGAGGGUGUUCGAGUGCCUGGGAAUAUUAUCGCGAUGACCACAUCUGUCAGACAGCUUCGAGAGGAGCCGUCCCCACGUACGAGACAUGCGGAGGAUCCGACGACGGUUCCCGCCAAUUCCUUGCCAGCCACGUCUCACAACAUGGAUGUAAGAACAGUGCAGAAUUGGUUGAACAGACUUCCUGAUGAUUGGAGCUCGCCGCAGAGUCCUGAUGAACUUGUCAUUCAAAACAGAGGUCGACGCAAGUCCAUAGUGUGGUCUCCUGAUAUGAACACAUAUAAGCGACAUAGUUUGCUCAGUUUGAGCUCCAAAGACCAUACUCCAAUUAAAAGACCAUCGACAUCAAGCAUGACGUUGAGAGACGCAGCCAGAAAAAGACUUUCUCUUGGCGAUACCAGUCAAUCUGAGUUUUCUACACCAAAAAGCAAGAAAAACAAAACAUCGUUGUCUUCUCGAGUGUCACUAGAUGCUGCGAGUAAACAGCGAUCUGAUGAUAAUUUUGUCAACGUUUUACGAGAUCUUAGUCACGAGCAACUUGUACAGUUGAUUAUGGAAUUGGUAUGCGCACAGGAGGACGGUACGCUGCAUGAGGAUGAAAAACUUCGUUAUUUUCUUUCAAAGAAAAUAUCAGACGCGGAUGUUCAACCAUUCUUAGAGAAAUUGAUUGUCUUGAGGCAGAAUAUUUACGCUAGCCUCGUAUUUUCUCCGAAUUUGAAUGAUGAAUCUGCAUACAACAGCGCUUACAUACAUCUUGAUGCGUUUCAGAAAGCUCUAAUCGAUCAGGCAAGAAUUCUGCAAGAAUCCCAACACUGGGCCUCAUUGAUGCACUAUGUAUUGGAAGCCUGGAAAAUCGCCAGAGAAUUACCCGAGUGGGAAAAUCAGGGUCUUUGUAAUACCACACAUAAAUGUUUCAGAAGUUUGUCACAGUUUUGUGCUGAAUCUAUAAGAAGAGGGAAAUUUGAAAUCUCAAGUCUGGAUAUUUAUAUUGAAAGUCUUAAAACCAUAGUGGGAGAAUGCGAAGAGUUUCAAAUAUGUCUGCAGAUUGCAAAGGAAGCAAAACAGGUUUAGGUUUUUUUCUGUUUGAUAUCACAGGCACAUAUGCUUGAUUGUUUUAUUUAAUUAUUUAUCAGAUGGGCUCGGUAAUAGUUAAAAUAAUAAUAUUGACAUGUCAACUCUGUACGUCAGUGUGCAAGGUGAUAGAUAAAGUAGAAUUAACCAGUAUAAAAGUUGAAGACGAUUUCAUUUUUGAAAUGGAAAAGAUUUCUUUUCAUCAUUAUAACAUUAAUUUGUAUCUUGAACUAUACAUGUGUUAUACAUGUGUACAUUGACGUAAACAUACGUUUUAUAUUUAUAUAUUUGUUCAGUCUCUCAAAAGCUACAUAAACACACACGGAUAAUAUAUAUGAAAUGUAAUGAAUAUAUAUCAUCCAACAAUAAUGUGAUUAGACAUAGUGGCUGAUAUAAAACAAAUUACAUUUAUGCCUUGAUACUCUCUUUAAGUCUUGUAAACUACAGAUAGAUGUGCCUUUUUGUAUAUUACUUUAAUUAAGUUGUUUAUUUUAUUAAUAAGUAUUUAAAAAUACAAGAAAUAAGUAUAAUUUUAAUUUCCCGGUGAAAAGAAUUGUUAGCACUUGUGAAAGUGAAUAAUAUUGUAGCUAAAAAAUUAAUUGACACAAUAAGAUAUUGAGAUCGAUCUUUUUAAAUUCGAUCUUUUGGAACUUCGAUAAUUGUUAUAUUUGUCCAGAGUAUAUAAAUGAGAAGAAUGUAACUUUUGACUCUCAAAAGUACAUUUUUGUGUUUCGAUAACACUUGUACAAGACUAUAUCAUAAGUUUGUUGUAAAAUUAUUUUUAUACGCGUUUUUACAUUUUAAAUCUAUUUUAUAUAAAUUAUAUAUUACUCUCGUAUAUAAAAAAAAGAGAUAUGCACACAUCCAAGUUUAACAGUACAAACAAGAUACAUACUUCAGUGUACAUAGAAUUAAAAAGGCACGUUUUGAUAUCAAGAAGCCAGACACUGUUUUAUGUUAUGUUGUAUAGCAGUUAUUUCAUCGUAACUCGACGCAUUUUAAAGUUCUCGCCCUUCUACAAAUCAUUACAUCGAAUAUUUUUUUUGUAUGUUGCGAGAAUAUUUUUUUCCAUAAUCAAUAGUAAUAGGUGGUAAUUAGCAUUAUUACAUAUUUAUAUCGUAAUUAUAAUAUAUUUAUUGUAAACGAUGCCUGAGAGGGAAUGGACUAACUGGUGAAAGAAUGUAUUUUUUUAUUAAAAACAAUUUAUUUGUCAUAAUAUAUCGUGUGUGUGUUUUUCUUAUA